AUGUCCGAUGACCAGCAAAAGAAUGGAUCGCCUGAGUACACCCCAGGCGGCAAGCGACCAUUCGUCUCUACAUAUGAUAAUGCACCCAGUCUCAAAGUGGGAGACAGCGUCUACUUGCUGAACACCGAUGGAUCCAGAGAGGGCCCGUAUCUUGUUGCGACAGCCCCAGUUUCUGGACAAUGCACGCUUUGUUAUACCAAUGGGAGCCCAUUCAGAAACAAUGCAGGCAUUGAUGUGGAUGAGCUGGAGGCCUGUUGA